AUGUUGAGGAAGAAGUGGUCUUCCCUUGAUCCUCAAGUUAAGGAACGUGGAAACCUAAGUCACUGGCAGUUGGCAGUUGCACAAGAUGAUGAUAUCAACAUAGCAGCAGUGUAUGUUGAUGAUGUGAUCUUAACUGGCACAAAUAUACAAAAACUUGAUGCUUUAAAGGCCUAUUUGAAUAAGGAGUUCAGCAUCAAGGACUUGGAUGGGAUAAUUCUCAGUCAAAAGAAGUUUACUAGAGAGCUUCUACAUGAGUGUAACCUUGAUCUUUCAAAGAAAGCUAUAACUCCUUUACCUCUCAAUGUCAAACUGACUAAAGAUGAUGGAGAACUCUAUACUGAUACAGAAAAGUACAGGAGAUCAAUCAUAGGAUAUGUUCUACUGUUGGGUGGUUCACCUAUUUCCUGGAAGUCAAAGAAGCAGAGUACAUUCUCUAAAUCCUUUGCAGAAGCUGAGUAUAGAGCUAUGGUAGCAGCAGCUUCAGAAGUCACUUGGAUGGUUAAUCUUCAUGCUGAUAUGGGCAUCAUUAAUCUCAAGCGCGCCUAUCACUUUGCACUGUGA